GUGAGUGCAACUUCUAGUCCUGCUUUGAACAACAACGAGACGGGUCAUCAACUUGAUAUCGCCGUGUCGCAGAAAAUGAAUGUGGCGACAACUAAUUUGUUCCACAACGAAACUACUCGCGAAGAUGAACUUAUCGUCGCUGACGACAUUGAGUUAUCGCAAUCGCUUUCAUCCCGGGGCUUAAAGAAAUAUGCAUUGCAAAACUAUCGUACAAGUAUAAACUGCAUUACAAAUUUUCCCAAGAACAAAAAUGCAAUUUGUCAUGCUAUUUCAGGUAGAAAGUUGGAUUUGUCAUGCAUAUCUGCAAUUAGUACGAGUGCGAUACUUUUGCACAGGAUAAGAAAGUCAAUGGAACCAUUCAGUACCCGGAAUACAACGUGACCGCACAGGAAAUCGCCCGGAAGAACUUCAUAUGAAAUGCAAAAAUGUCUGAAUCUGGAAGAGUCAUGCUGUUUUUGCAUGACACAGAAGGUCUGGCAUGGGAGCUCUAGCAUCACAGGCUUCGAGAAACUUUCGCAAUGCCGAAUCCGCAUGACAAAUCCCCCAUUAUGGUGGCAGAAACUGGGCAGCUUUUGCUAACUAUGCAUGAGAGAUUUUUCUGUGUCUUGAAAUGCGCAUCACAAGUUUGUAUUCUUCCAGACCCAGACAUUUUUACAUUUGAUACUUCAUCGCGGCGCAACUGCGAAUGUCAAAUCUGACGUAUGUGCGGAACAUUGGGGACGACCUGGCCACGAAGAUGGAAGCGUAUACUACAGCGGAACUGAUCGACAUGACCGGACUGCCGGCCACCGAGCUGGCCCGCGUGAAAAAGAUUGCCCGGGACGUUGCCCGAAACAUCUCCCGAAUGGAGGCGAGGCGCCUGCGGAACGUGUUCACGCGCGAGCCAGAUGAGUACGAUGAUGAAGAGGAGCAGGAGCAACCAGCUUACAACAACUAUGUUCGACCGGAAGAACAAGAUGAUGAAGAUUCCACUACGGACCACGUGUUGCUGAGUAAAAACCUGCAGCGCGCGAACUGGACGGCGGAGGCCAUCCCGGCAAGCACCGUCUUCUACCAGGGAAAAGUCCAUGAUAACGGGAUGAUAAACGACAAAUUUCGGCAUUUGAUGGCGUUGACCAAUGCGAUGCAGCGACAGGAAAUUAAUCAUGUCAGCAAGCACCACGACGAUCUAGCUCGGUGGCAGAUGCGGACGACCAACCAGGAUUGCGACCCCUACUUGCUGGAAGACGACAGUGCGCUGUUCCCACCUGAAACGCCCUCUCCCUCCGGAAAACCGGAUGAAAACAAGAAGGCACAAAAGAAGAGCGCAGCAGCUGACGAGCAAAAGAAGAACGAUGAAGGUACUAGUACUAUCCCGCCUUCCCUCCUUCAGCUGUACCACGUGCGCAGCCCGCCCAGUUUGGUGCUGGACGAAAAAAACAUGACAAGCCGGCUGCGCGGGCACCGGAAGACGGCGCCGGACCGCCGGGAAAAGACAUUCAAACGGAAAAACUUGAAGAUGGAUGUCAUCAGUCAGAAGUUUUUCGACGCCUUUGCAAACUUCGUGAAGCAAAAGUUCCGCUGGGCAGACUACGAAUCGCUGGUGUUCCCCACCCUGCAGUACCCGCACCCGGGGCAAAUCACCGGAUCGCAGUAUACCAGGCCGAACAUUCUCCAAGAGUACAGCCUGCAGUGGACCUGGGGCUAUUACGAAUCCGACGAAGAGGUUGCGGAAAGCGAAUGGGCUAUGUGGAAGAAGAUGAAAAGUACUACUAGUACUGAAUCGUCCACCACCUCCACCAACGGCGGUCCGCAAGAACAAGCGCACCUGAUCAAACCUCCCUACGCAUUUCCGCCGCCGAGCAACCGGCGGAUUUUUUUGCAGAUGCAGGUGCUGAGAUACUGCCAACAGGUGAUGCCCGUGAAGCCUCUGGUGUUCGAGGCCGAUGAGGAAACUUUGACGAAGAGCAUAGAGGAUGAGAAAGUAGACAACACGAGUUCUCCUAUGCGAGCGGCGACUAUGGCUGCUACCGCGUCUGCUCCCACAUUUCAUAACGCGUUCGACCUAUACAGCCGCCCGGAACUACUUCGCGAAGAAGGGAAUUCGCAGAAACGAAGCGAAAUGAUGCGGAGGGAAGGGGUGCGGAAACGGAAUGGCAUGCGGAUUCACGAAUACCUGGAGCGCGUGGCGGAGAAAAAUGCCACCGUUGGUCCGGAAAUCGCUCCGGUGUACUACUACCACGACGGCCUGUACACGCGGUACUGUCUCCGCGUCAGUCCAAUGGCGAGCAUGGCCGAGGAGCUGCAUGCGGAAAAGGAGGAAGAGCGCCGGACCUGGGUGAAGGAAGACCGGGAGAAAAGGAGAGCGGAAAACCUCAAGAAGUAUGGCUGGCUGGCUUCCUGGUUUUUGGAUUUCUUUGACCGGGAUGAGCUAAUCGCGUCAUAUGACCGGAAACAAAGAAAGGCUAGGGGUACAACAAGGCGUACGAAUCACAAGGAAACAUCCAGUACCGCUGGAUCCAGUAGUACAACUGCAUCCGGCGCAGGCAGUCCACAGAACGGCCAGCAAGGAACAAAACACAACUCCCCAGCAGCGCGACAGAACAACAAGGACAAAGGCAGUAAACAGGUCGCAGCGCCCCUGUCUGAGAAGGAAAAACAGCGGGCGGAGCAAGACAAUAAAUACCGAGACAGUAUUUGCAAUGCGCCACUUGGAAAUGAUAUAGAUAAAGACGCGAGGGUGCCGGCCAGAGCUCCCGAACAAGACCGGGGGUACGACAAGUAUGAGUUGCAAAAGUACUAUCGCACCGUCAAAAAAAUGCUAUGCGACUUUUCCGAUGAAUCAAAAUUUGUACUAUUCGAUAUCGAAAGUGAACAAAGAAAUAAUUCAUCCUGUCAUUUGUUUUGCCAUCGUCAAGAACUUGUUCAGACGUGUGCGCUGCAAGACGUUUUGCACAGCAUAACAGUAAGCCAGCCAAGAAGCAGAAAGCUGUUGUCAGAAAUCCCUUCGCCGCCGCAGCCGAAAAAAGGAAGAAGAAGAACAAGAGCAAGAAUGCUCGGGCUGGCCGAGCUGCUACGAAGAAAGAGUCCCUUGAUGUCGCUGCAGUCAAGCAAGCGGUGAAUCAAAUUAACGAGGAUGAGGGAAAAGUCACCGCAAAGGUGGGAGUACGAGACCCGCCGGCGCUCAACCAGAAGUCGUCAGGAAAGGUUCUUGAGCCGCAAACGAAGACGAGCAGAGACGAAGCUGUAGUUUCCACAGCAAGCAGUUCUUCUUCUUCUUUUCGUACUUCUAGUGUGAAGAACCACGAGGCCGAUUUUGAUUUCUACAUCGGUAGAGAUCCCUUCGAGCAUUACAACAGCGAGCAGGAGGACACGGCCCAUUUCCAGCCGGGCGACCUGAUUCUGAUGGAAAAUCUCCCCGGGUCCCCGCAAGUCCUGCCCGUUGCGGGGAACUUCCGCCAGGACCGCGACGUUGCCAGUGAGGCCGCGCAGAACGCGCGGCAGGAGGCGCAGAGCACGGGGAUGUUGUACGCGUGGCUAACGCGCAUUGCCAUGGCGAAUCACAAAUGGUACAUUACGGACACUGGUAUGGAGGCCCGGAUGGGGGUAUCAAAUGUAAAAAUGUCUGGGUCUGGAAGAGUGCGCGACUUGUCAUGCAGCUUUUCCAUGACCCAUGAGGUCUGGAAUGCAGGACCUAGCAUGACAGACUCUGCGCGAUCUCUCUCAUGCCUAUCCUGCAUGAGAAACUCCCUCCCGACUUGGUCAAAACUGGGCGACUUCUGGUAAUCAUGCAGCGCAGAUUUUUGCAUGCUUCAGAUUUAGCGCGACAGGUUGCAUUCUUCCAGACCCAAACACUUUUACACUUGAUAGGGGGACUUGAAAAACCUGUCUGACGCUGCCAAGCUCGUGUUCUGUGCGGCGCUGCUGUUCUUGGCAUUUGCGUAUUUCUACCCGGAGGAAGAGCGGGAGGCGCAGCAGGAUUUAUCAUAAAGCCGUUCUAGCGGAUAUUAAUCAGCAGGGCUACAGCUAUCGGGGGUGGAGGUGGAUCAUGAUCGUGAUUGCACGAAAAGAAAAUCAUCGCUUAUGGAAGUUUUUUGUUAAGUCUUUGUUGUCUCACAUCUGAGCUGUGGGUGAUCUUGGAUUUUGAGAUUCUUCGAUGUCAGGCAUAGAAUCAAUAGGCUUUGUCGAUGACUCGUGAAGAAUGCGAGUACCUAGUACAGAAACAGACAGGGAAUUUCUAUCCUUAUCGGAAAGAAGAAAGUGUUUACAUUGAACACAAUCAGACCGGCCGCGUCGACGUUCCUUAUGGGAAAGACACGAAAUGGUCGAC